AUGAACACUAAGAAUGAAUUUUCUUUGGUAUUUACACGAAAUAUAAAUGAUUAUGGUAGAAAAUUUAUUGAUGAAUGUGCUGAAACAGACAUAAAAGAUUCAGUAAUGUAUAUUCAAAAAUUAGUAGAAGUUUAUAACAACUUUAAAGAUAUUGUUGAUCGCUGUUUUGAAAAUGAUCUAUCUUUUUUGUUAUCAAUUGACAAAGCUUUUUAUCAUAUUGUCAAUGAAAAUGCAUUUUUACUUAAAUAUGAUAAUAAAAAUAAAAAUGCUGAAUUUUUUGCCAAAUAUGCUGAUUUUAUUUUAAAAAAAUGUUCGAAAAUUCCUGAAUCUGAAAUAAUGGAGAAAAUUUCUAGUCUGAUGGCAAUAUUUAAUUUUUUAACUGAAAAAGAUAUAUUUUUAAAUUUUUAUAUACGCUAUUAUGCUAAACGUCUCAUUAAUAAUACUUCUGUUGGGGAAGAAUAUGAAAAUGAAUUAAUUGGCCGUUUAAAAUAUAUUUGUGGAUUUGAUUUUACUCUUAAACUUGAAAAAAUGAGAAAAGAUAUGGUAAUUAGUAAAGAAUUUACAAAAAGUUUUCGUGAUCAACUAUUAACGAAAGGCAUAGAAAAACCUAAUUUUUCAGUAAAUAUUCUAACAAAGUUUACCUGGCCAUAUAAACAAAAAAUAUUUUGUAAUUUUCCUUCAGAUCUUAAUUUAUUAUGGAAUGAAUUUGAGGGGCAUUAUACAAAUUUUUAUAAUAGUAGAAAAUUAAAUAUUUUGUCAGAUAUUUCAUGGGGAGAAGUACAAUCAAAUUGUUUUAAGAAACAUCACAUUUUUAGAUGUUGCAUUCCACAAAUAAGUAUAUUAAUGAUAUACAAUGAUAAAAAUGAGACGACUUUUAAAGAAAUUAAAAAUAUUUUAAAUUCAAAUGAUUCUGAUGUUAAAUUAAUAAUAGGACCACUUGUAAAAAGAAAAUUGCUUAAUAUUUCAUACGAAUUUGAUAAUACUAAUAUAACUGAUGACACAAUUUUUACUUUGAAUACAAAUUUUUUAAAAAAUAAAACAUUUAUUGAUAUGACAAAAAUUGAUAAUGCAACAUCAACUACCAACAACUCUUCUUCAACAAUUAUGAAUGUUGAAAAAGAAAGAAUAUAUUUUUUAGAGGCUGUAAUAGUUCGUAUAAUGAAGGCACGUAAAGAAUUAAAACAUCAACAAUUAGUGGCUGAAACUCUUUGUCAAGUAAAGUAUCGUUUUAAUCCUGAAAUCAAACAAAUAAAAAAAUGUAUAAAUAAUUUAAUUGAAAAAGAAUAUUUGAAACGCAAAGAAACUGAUAGAGAAGUCUACCAAUAUUUAUUAUAA